GGGCCACGAGUAGGCUGCAGGCCUGCUGGGGCAGAUAAGCUGCAGAGGCAGGGAGGGGCUUGGCUGGGUAGCUCCUCAGGGCUUUGCAGGCUGCCUAGGAGCUCGCUCUUAAGAGGUUCUGGGGCCAAAAGAUGGCUGGGUUUGGUUCCACGAGACAAGAGGGCCAGGGAGGGGAAAGAGGAUUCCAAAUUCUCCAGCAUUCUUCGAAUUCUCCUGCGGUGGGAGGCCGAGGGACAGUUUGAGGUGGGGCUGCGGUUCGACACCGCCCCUCCACCGACCCGCUCUCUGGCUCAGGCAGGUCCCCACUUCCCUGGGCCUCAGUUUCCCUCCCGAGUGGACUUAGAGGUGGCUUCGCGGCUCCCGAGGCCUGGAUGGAGGACUUUGCUAUGUACACUGAUGUCCACUCAUGAAUUCAGCACAUACCUGCCAAGGUGUUGGACCCUGAAGGUGCCUUUGGAAGCCAAGUCAAACCUGGCCCGAGACAUUCUGGAGCUGGGAACACCUGAGUAAACACAAAGGAGAUCACUGUGGGAGCCAGGCAUGGUGGGGCAUGCUUGUAAUCCCAGCAUUUGGGAGGCUGAGGCAGGAGGAUUCCUGGAAGUUGGAGGCCAGCCUGAACCUACCGUGCCCCUGCUGCAAAACAAAACAAACAAACAAACAAACAAAGGAGAUCAUUGCAGGAUGAAGGCGAGAAGACCUGAAUCGGGGGACUGCUGGUUGUGACCUGAGAUCAGGCCGCUGUGGCUACCGUGAUCAGGCCAGGCUUCUCGGAGUAUUAGACUCCCCGGGAACCACUGGCUGAGCCGUGCGCAGGACAGGAAGCUCCCACCCCACCCCGUGAGCUCGGCUGUUCUCCUGGGAACCAUGAAGCUGAACAAGAGGAGCGUGGCCCACUACGCACUGAGUGACUCCCCAGCAGACCACAUGGGCUUCCUGCGCACUUGGGGCGGCCCAGGAACCCCCCCUACCCCCAGCGGCACUGGCAGAAGAUGCUGGUUUGUUCUCAAGGGCAACCUGCUGUUCUCCUUCGAGAGUCGCGAGGGCCGGGCCCCCCUGAGCCUGGUGGUGCUCGAGGGCUGCACCGUGGAGCUGGCCGAGGCUCCUGUGCCGGAAGAGUUCGCCUUCGCCAUCCGCUUCGACGCCCCCGGAGUGCGCCCGCACCUGCUGGCUGCAGAUGGGCAGGCAGCCCAGGAGGCCUGGGUGAAGGCGCUGUCCCGGGCCAGCUUUGGCUACAUGCGCCUGGUGGUACGAGAGCUGGAGAGCCAGCUGCAGGACGCCCGCAGGAGCCUGGCCUUGCAUCGCUGCGCGUCCCAGAAGGUCGGUGCCGGCCGCCGAAAGCCACAGGCGCCUGACCGCAGAUCUCCAGGCCUGGAAAAUGGUCACUUUCUCCCCAGGGACUGCAGCCCUGUGGGCGCAGUGGAAGGAGGAGGCUGCAGGCCAGUAGGGCGGGAUUUGCCGGAGUGGGAGCUGCAGGGCCCCACCAGCCUCCUCCUGGGCAGGGGGCAGAGCCCUGUGUCCCCCGAGACCUCCUGCUUCUCUACCCUGCACGACUGGUAUGGCCAGGAGAUUGUGCAGCUGAGGCAGGGGUGGCAGCAGAGGGCCCAGGGGAGCCAGGCAGGAUGCAAGCGACAGGGUACACCCUGAGCCUGGGCCCUGUGAGUUCUGGUCUCGUCCUGCUGGUUGGGACACCAGGGCCAGGGCUUCUUCAGGAGUUAAAUGUUUACUCAUUUGCAGGGUUGCUUUGCCAGGGGUGGGGUGGGGGUACUGUGGGGGUGUUCGCUCCCUCUUGCUCUGUCGGCCUUCUCCGGUUCCAGCCUGUCCUGGUGUCUGGAGGGGACUGAUGAGCCAUGACUGCCAACUUCUGUAUCCUGAGGCCAGAGAGGAAGGGUGGCUUGCGUAGGACUCUGCUCUGGACACCAAGGAAGUGAAGGAGUGGGCUGCCCCACCCUUGAGCUGCACACCGGACCCUAUGGCCAUAAUUUCCAACACAGGGAGUCUUGUGUGCAUUUAACUUCCCAGAGACUGACUGCACAUUAUCUGAGAAAGUGGCUUUAUGUGUCUGUCAGAGGAGUCCCUGGGCCAGCUCUUUCUGCGGGGUGAGAAGAGUGAGCACAGACCGGUACUCUAGUUUGGGUGGAGCCUUCGGAGGAGAGGACCUUCUGCCCAUAAAGAGGAUUUCUUUGAUUUCUUCUACUCUCCCUUGAUGCCCUGUCAAUAAUAGAUGGUGCUGCACAUUGCUGGGGCCGGCGGGUGCUGUUAGCUUUUACAAGUCAGCAGAAACCCUUCCUGUCCUCUGUCCUCCACUGCCAGCUCUUGCCACUGCCAGGCCAGAAGUUGGGGAGCUGGGGAGGUCGGGUGGCUCCCUGGGAAAAGGCAGCUUGUUUCUUUGAUUCUCAGUCCUGGGAAUUUUAGAAGCUUGGACGCAAGGUUCCCAGUAUCCUGUGGUAAACUCUUCCCUCCCGGCUGGGGUCUCAUAAAAGCGUUCUUACUCCUGAAACUUUGGGUGAAAGCAAGCGUCUGGGAACUCUGGCCCAGUCCUGCUUUUCCCCCGAGUUUACCUGUCAAGAACCUUCCCUGCUUCUCCCCAGCAUGGUGCCAUCUGUUUUCUUGUCUUGUGUGAGAGGCAAGCCGGCUGGGGCCAGCCUCUGCGGUACGGAUGUAGCGGUAGCGGCUGGUGGGAAGAGGUGGGUCUGAUCAGACUUCCUCUUCCCCCAAACACAAAGCCUGCCCUGUCCCAGCCUUCCCUUCCCCCAGACCGGGACGCAGGUAGGCCUAAGGCUGGGACGCAAGAUUUCUUCUCAUCUCUAUCAGGCUGAGGAACUGCCCAGGGCUCUGUGCGGGUUCCUGUCCUACCCAACUUGUUUCCCAGUCCUGUACGGGACCCACAUAGCCCACUGCACUUUAUUUUAUACACAGAUACUGCAGCCUUUGUUACCUUUCUUACCGUUACAGUGUUUUUAAAAGUACAAUAAAACACUAAAGUUUU